CAGAAAUAAAGGACGGACACCUUGGUUUUCCGAGUGGAAAAUGGAAGCAUGGAACAACAAGAAAAAUAUCCUCCGCCAAAAUCAAAAUCAAGGGCGAUUGUUAGGUACUAUGCAUCAAAGAAUGCCGAGCAUGGUCCAAACCUUUUGGGAACCACUUUGGAAGAGAAAGCACUGGUGGAUCAAUGGCUGGAAGUGGAGUCGCACAACUUCAAUGACAUGAUAUAUGGUCUUGUUCUUCAGCUGGAGGUCCUGCCAAGGAUGGGAAAGCCCACAGAUUUCAAACUAGUCCAGAAAUUUGUGGACAACCUCGAUAAGGUGCUUGAUGUGUACGAGGAAAGGCUGUCGAAGAGCAAGUACCUUGCUGGGGAUUAUUAUACCAUUGCAGACAUGUGUCACCUUCCAGGCAUCACAUUUUUAUUGACCGGUAAUGGAUUCGGGCAUUUGAUUAGGGAGAGGAAGAGUGUGAAUUCAUGGUGGAAUGACAUCUCCGGCCGCCCUGCUUGGAAGAAAGUCCUGGAGCUGAUGAAAUGA